AUCAUGAUCACAAUCAAUAUCAUGGCGGUGUUUAGAAACACAACGUCGUCGACCAGCUACUAAGCGAGGCCUACUGUGCGAGAAGGAACAAUAAGGUAUCAUCAGAACUUUUACAAUUAAGUUGUGUCAUCAGGAAUAAAAAUGCCGAAAAUGAAUGUACUGACCAAAAAGGAUGAAAAUACAGAAAACGUGGAAAAUGUGGAGCCCAAAGGAAAAAAUAAGACCAUCAAAACUGGAAAGAAAAGCAAAAAUAGGUUGGCAGAAGGGGACUUGGAUUUGGAGGGAAUCAUAAAGGCGAAUCAAGACAUGACACUUGUUCCCAAGAAACAGCAGGUGGAAAACUGUCCACACAUGGCCAACAAGGAGGAGCACCAGUUUAUGUGUACAACGUGUCGCGUCAUUUGUUGCGAGCCUUGUCUACGAAUGAAUCACCAUGGCGAGCAGCAUCGCUGGUGUGAGUUGAUGCCGUAUGAACCGUCAGACACAGAAACCACACAUUUAGAAAUAGAGGAAGAGCCUAUACCUGUGAAUAUUCGUGGGAAGAGACGUCUUCCAGGGGGAUAUGUUAGCACGAGGAGAAUCGGCUCCAGUCGCAAAAAGGAGUCGUGUACUUGUUGUCGUGGAACCCAUAAACAUGAUCCUAAAAGUUUAAAGCGUUUAGUGCCCAUUGACUCGAGCCGAUUCAAUAGCAAUAGGAUAACUAUCGCACAUUCACGGCACUAUGAUUCUAGUGAGGACAGUGACUGUUCUAUGUCCACUGACCGGGACUGGGAGGAAGAAACCAAGUUUACUAAAAGGAAGCGCAAAAAGAAAAACAAAGGUCGAACUUUUCUGGACCAAGGCCCAGAGGACAUUCAAACUCUGCCGCCGCGGAUGACUUUCAGUUUUGCAAGUGAAGACAGUCUGAAAGAAAUUGCGCGGAAAGAUCCUGAUGAAUUUUUGGAAACUGUUAAGGUCCAAGAGGCUGAGAGAGUGUUAAGAAAUAUUGUGAAUAAAGAUGGAUUUGACAAAGAGAAAGUGAGGGAUUUUCUGAACUGUGAGGAUAUAGAGACAGAGUGUGCGUACUGUAGUAAUGAAUGCAAGAGAUGGCAGAUAUUUAAGGAGGAUUUAGACCGCGAAGCCAUUCUGUAUUUGAAGGAAAACAGUUUCGAUAUCCAUAGUAACGAGCAAAAUGAGAUCAACAAAUAUGCUGACCUCAGGGUCAAUGAGUUUGUGGAUGAGAUUGAUGAAGAUGAGUAUGAAAGUGAGAGGGAACGUGAUGAUUUGUUGGAUGAAUUUGAUUCUGACGAAGGUUUCACAGACGCAGUGAAAGAGUGGCUUAAGCUGCCUCCACCAACUCGUUUGAAUUCUAUUGAGGAGGCCUGGGUGGAACUUUCAAAGAGUUCUGCUACAGGGGUUUUACACAGGCUGGCCCCGACAGAGCGGAAACGAUUCAUUGACCAAGCAAUAAAUCUGAUAGAAAAACGGGAAAUUGACAGCAUUGACAGAAAAUUCCAGCCAAUGGAGAGCAAAGACAACACGGAAGACUUGGGACUGAAGCCAAGUGAAAAAGCGGCUGAACUAGAGAAGACUUGUGAGAAGAUUCUCUCGGGUAUUGCACAGUUGAAAACAAGGUUUCAGAAACUUUAUAAGCGUGUGAUGAGUUACCGUGGGGUAACAAUUUUUGCGGACAUAAUUCAGACAAAGGCAGAUAAAUUAGGAGAGGAAAUUAUUCUGGAUAUAGCGAAAUACAAUCCAACAAAACAUGGCAUGGAACAAUUUUAUUUAACAGAAGAAAUAGAGGCCGCUCUGAAGUUUAUACAAGCUAAGACUACGUCUGCUGAAUGCCCAGAUACCAGCAUAUUAAGGAAAGUUCUCAAUACUCGACUUGACAGUAAACUACUGAAAAAGCUGCUCAUCAAGCAGGAAAGAGAGAAAUAUUUCCCCAAGAACUGGAGAAACCCAGAUGGAUCUGGAAGAAUGAAAACUGACACUGAAUUUAUUACAGAGGUGAGAAUGGAGCAAGAGUCGAGAAAAUCUCAAGCCAUCCUAACACAGGUCGGUGAACUGAUGAAAAUGGUGGAGUUGGGUUCUGACAUUUAUCCAUUUAUUGAGCGCAAAGAAAUUGAUCCCUUUGGUCCCAAAAAUUGUCCUUUGGACAUUUACUCAAUUUGUCCAAUUUCUCCAGCCUUGACCUGGAUGCACAAGGUGGGGUCAGAAAGCAAUCUGUUGGUGACCGUUGGGGGAAAAGUGGUGAGGGAGCUCGAUUUCAAAACAAGUGUCGACUGUCUUACGAUGGAUAAAAACCGCGAGCUUUUGGCCACGGACCCACUGGGCAAGCGGUUGAUGAAAGUGACAGACAUUGAAACCAUCUCCACAAUCCACACAUUUGAAAACUUGAUCCCAAUUGGUAUUUGUUGUUCGCGAGACGACAACAUUUUGGUGACUUUGUGUGAGGCUUACUAUGAUUACAAUGUUACUUUUGAAAAAAGACGGCUCUUGGCCAGAGUGUCCAAUACAGGAGAACAUUUAAUGGAAAUCGAGUUUUACGACAAGGGGAAAACCGAGCGAUUCUUUGUUGUUCCCCGCAGAGUAGCUGAGAAUAAAAACGGGGAUAUAAUUGUGGUUGAUAAAAUACAGAGAAAUGAAGGGCGGCUACAGUUGUUCACCAAGGAUGGGAAAGUGAUAAAGACGUUUGACGGCCACAAGGACAUUUUUGAACGAGCUUUUGACCCCUGGGAUGUGGCGUGUGACUAUCAGCAACGUCUCUUGGUGUGUGACUACACCAAUAACAAAAUCAUAAUAUUCCAACCUAACUAUGACCUUUUCAAGGUCAUUGCCUCCUAUGAUGGAGGAUUAAGGUACCCCCUUUGUAUGGGCCUCGACUCCAGCAGUCGAAUCUGGGUGGGGGGAAAGUUUGAAAAAGUAAUGGUGUUGUCAUAUGACAAAGAAAUCGAUUAAUUAUACAGAAUAACAAUGAUGAAGGAUUUUGUAAGUUCUUUUUAUUGUUUUCUAAAGUCUGUUUUUAAUCAGUAACUAUUUGCUGUGUAUUAUGUGUUUUGUUUUGUGUGCCAUUGUUAAAGUUUACUCUUGUUGACAGAUCUCAGAAACUUUUGUCACCAAACAGUAAUACAUACUGUAAAACUC